AUGGUUUCUUUGAUCUAUCUUCUGCAGGUGAAGCGCACAUUGUUCAUAAACGGCAUUUCCAAAUACGCAGAAGAGUCUCAGAUCAAGCAGCACUUUGAACAGGCGUAUGAGAACUGCCUGGUCCUGGAGGCUCGCAUCUGUUUUAACGUGGCCAAACUGAUGUCUCUGAACGGAGAGAGGAAGAAGACGGAGAGGAGCAAGAAGUUCUUCACGGACCUCAUGGCCAAGGAGCACGUACCUACCAUGAUCAACCCCAAACCAUGUGGGCACCUCUGCUGCUGUACCAUCACCGGCUGUGAGGAGGAGGAGGCGGUGAGCUUCUACACAAAGCGUGAGGCCAAACUGAAGGAGGAGUACAGGAAGGAGAAGGAGAAGGUCCACACCAAGCCCCUGGGCAUGGCCUUCGUCACCUUCCAGAACGAGGCCAUGACAGCCGUGUGA